AUGAUCUAUGGGCGCAGUUUGUUUCACAUUGUAACAAGUCUAAUUAUUCUACAUGUAUCUUGGGCAACAAAAAAAGGAGUAGACAAACAAACCACUUCAGAAGGACAGAAAUCAUUGCAGUGUGGCACCUGGACAAAACAUGCAGAUGGAGGAAUUUUUACCUCUCCCAACUACCCAAACAAGUACCCUCCUGACAGGGAGUGUGUUUACAUUAUAGAAGCUGCCCCCAGGCAAUGCAUUGAACUUCAUUUUGAUGAAAAAUACUCUAUUGAGCCUUCGUGGGAGUGUAAAUUUGAUCACAUUGAAGUAAGAGAUGGACCAUUUGGCUUUUCUCCAAUAAUUGGCCGCUACUGUGGGCAACAAAGCCCUCCUUUUAUAAAAUCCAGUGGAAGAUUUCUAUGGAUUAAAUUUUUCGCUGAUGGUGAAUUAGAAUCUCUGGGGUUUUCAGCACAAUAUAAUUUCACACCUGAUCCAGAUUUUAAAGAACUUGGAGUUUUAAAACCAUUACCAGUUUGUGAGUUUGAAAUGGGAGGAUCUGAAGGAAUAAUAGAAUCUGUGCAAAUUCUAAAAGAAGGGAAGGCCUCUGCUAAUGAGGCAGUUGACUGCAAAUGGUAUAUUCGAGCACCACCAAAGUCAAAGAUAUACUUACGUUUUUUGGAAUAUGAAAUGCAAAAUUCAAAUGAAUGUAAAAGAAAUUUUGUUGCUGUUUAUGAUGGAAGUAGCUCAGUGGAAGAUUUGAAAGCAAAAUUUUGCAGUACUGUUGCAAAUGAUGUAAUGCUACGAACAGGACUUGGCGUAAUCCGAAUGUGGGCAGAUGAAGGGAGCCGAACUAGUCGUUUUCAGAUGCUCUUCACAUCUUUUCAAGAACCUCCAUGUGAAGCAAACUCAUUUUUUUGUCAUAGUAAUAUGUGCAUUAAUAAUUCAUUGGUCUGCAAUGGAGUUCAGAACUGUGUGUACCCUUGGGAUGAGAAUCACUGCAAAGAAAAAAGAAAAUCAAACCUUUUGGACCAGCUUACCAAUACCGGCGGGACAGUGAUUGGGGUCACCUGUUGCAUAGUGAUCAUCCUCAUUAUCAUAUCUGUUAUAGUACAGAUCAAGCAACCUCGUAAAAAAUUCAUCCAAAGGAAAACAGACUUUGAUGAAACAGUGUUCCAGGAGGUCUUUGACCCUCCUCAUUAUGAGUUAUGCACUCUUAGAGGUACAGGGGCUGCAGUUGAUCUUGCAGAUGUUGCAGAUGACUUUGAAAAUUAUCAUAAGCUACGGAGAUCCUCUUCAAAAUGCAUUCAUGACCAUCACUGUGGAUCACUAUUGUCUAGCACUAAGGGCAGCCGUAGUAACCUCAGUACAAGAGAUGUUACUGUCUUAACUGAUACGCAAAACCAGCCCAUCAUGCCCAAAUCCCAGCCUCUAAAUAGAAGGAACAUUCUUGUUAUGAAACAUAGCUAUUCACAAGAUGCUGCAGAUACAUGUGACAUAGAUGAAAUUGAAGAUGUCCCUACCACAAGUCACAGGUUGUCCAGACAUGAUAAAUCAGCCCAGCGGUUCUGCCUCAUUGGGUCUCUACACAAACAAGAAACGGAAUACAACACAACUAGGGUCUGAAAAGCAAACUCAAGUGAAGAAUCCUUUUUAAACCAGUAGGAAGUGACUGAGUACAUUCUCCAGAAAAUAUUACAACGAUCACCAUAAAGGUGGACUCUUUUUUAAUUCAUUCCACUGCCUUGUUACAGACUUAGGAAUUACAGACAUUACUACCCUCAACAUGAUGUCCCUGCUAUUCAAUGACAUUUGUUGUAAUUUGGU